GCUUGUGCCGCUUUUAUCCCGCCUUCGCUGGAAGAAGGCACCGAUCACUUUUCGCCCCGGAAGUUUACUUAAAAGUCGCCAAACUGUUCGACAACGGCCUCAAGUUGGAUAUUUCCAGCUACCCCCACAUGAACAUCCGCAUGGGCACCAAGGGCAAGCGGCCUCUGAGGAGUUUGACGCCCCGCGACAAGAUCCAUGCCAUCCAGCGGAUCCACGAUGGCGAGUCCAAGGCCUCGGUGGCCAGGGAUAUCGGUGUGCCGGAGUCGACGCUGCGCGGCUGGUGCAAAAAUGAGGACAAGCUGCGCUUUAUGUCGCGGCAAUCGACAACGGAUAACCUUUGCGCCGACUCCUUGGGUGAUAAGUUAGAUGGAGGAGGUGGACCUGGAGGUGGCCUCCUGGGUCCCCCGGAGAAGCGACAGCGUUUGGAGGCCGCCCUGCCCCUGAACUUCUCCAACAAACUCAAGUUCGAUGAGCUGGCCUUCAAGCGAUCACCGCUAAACGGCCUGGAUUACAGUACAAACAAGAAUCUGGCCGAUCUUGGCUACAAUGGCCUGCCCGUCGACUAUGCGGCGUUUAAUGGGGGGGUCAAGGCCAAGGUCUUUGGGGCGGAUAUUAAUAGACAAGCCGGUGCCGCCGAUCCCUCCCUGAAUGCCAUCAGUCCGCUCUCCAGUUUGACCCACCUGUCGGGUCUCACGGGCAUAUCGCAAUCCCCGCUGGCGAUCAGUUUCAACGAGCUGACCACAAACCUCAAUCUGCUGGCUCAACUUAAUCCAGGAUUGGCUGCCAUGUCGGGUUUGCAGAGUUUCCCGGGUGGCAAUGCUAGUAACCUGAGGAUAGCGAAGCCCAGUGGCCAGAGUCCCAGGAGCGACAAUGGUGCGACGCAGGGGCUGUCGGUGAAGAACUGGGCCAAGCAAAAGCAGCCGGGAGGAGAAAGCCUAAAUCUGAGCAUCAAGAAUGAGGCAGCGAAGGGUGGAGGAGGUCAGGGUGGUGAUAUCAAGAGUCCCAGUCCCUCGCUGGCUCCCUCGCAUCCCCCGCAAAUGGUUGGUGGCCCCAUGACGCUCUCCAAUCUGGCCGAAGAUCCCUUGCUCUACUGGCUAAAAUCCCAGCAAACAAUGCUCGGUCUGAAUCCACUGUAUCCCCCCACAAUACCCAUGGGCGUGACCAGUCCUCCGAUACGCUCCUCCACUCCGCAGCAGCAGCACAUGAGUCAGCAGACGCCGCCGAUUCCCUCGGCACCGCUGACACCCUCGUCCACGCCAUCGGGAAGUCUGGACGAGAAGAAUGCGGCGUGGUACAACUGGUGCAAGGCCUUCGGGGCCAGUCUGCAUACCCUGAAUCCCAAUGCCGCCACCUUGGCCGCCCUGCAGGCCAAUCAGUUGCAACAGCAGGCGGCUAACUCGGCUGCCGAGGGAGGAGGAGGCGGAGGCGGUGAUCCCUCGAACAUCCUGUACUCGCAUCUCACCAAGGAGACUGAGACGCCAUCGGUGAGGAGUUUAUCCUCGAAUGAACAGAAUCAAGAGGCUGAUGAACCCGAUGAUCUGGAAGGGGAAGCGGAGGGGGAAGCGGAAACGGAGGCAGAGGCCUCUGGCAAACCCGAGGAUCUCUCAGCUGCCGGCAAGGUAAUGACACCCUCGCAAAGUCCCAUUAACCACCCAUCGCCACCUGGCAGCAGAAGUCCCGAGCCGCGAGUUAAGAUCAAAAACCCAGAAAAUAUCCUUGACAACAUGCUCUUCAAGAUGGGCGGCAAUCCCCUGAAUUCCGACCAUCAAUCCGAAUCGGAGGGCAGCUUCCAGGAGGCCAACAAUUCGCAUACGAACAACAACGAUGUCAGUGCCAGCAAUAAUAAUAAUAACAAUAAUAAUUCGAAUAAAACGGACGAGGAGGAGAAAGCCAAGUAUAUGGAUUGCACCAGGGAUGACGAUGAGGAUGUGGAGGCCAUUCGGCAUGGCGAGAAGUUCCUGCAGUGGCUGGAGAACUGCAGCAAUCCCCGGGUGACGGCCGUGCAAUUAAUGCAGCUGAGAUUCCUGAUAGCUGCUAUUAAAUCAGGGAAUGAAACGAACUUGAGUCUGCCUGCAGAGGAGAACAGCGAGGAGAAUCCCCAGGAGGAGGAGGGCAGCAGCCGGGGCAAGAGUCGCCGUCGCAAAUAGGAAAAGCCAAAGUUGGCGCCCACGGAGCCAGCCACGGAUACGAUUGAGGAUUACCCAAGCAAUAAUCGAGCAUCGGAAUUGGGUGUUCCUGAUACCAGGUGCCACCUGUAUGCGCCGGCCGUCUACCGAUCCUCGGCCACCCUGCUCAGCUCACUGUUCUUCCCCCCCUACGAAUUUGUACAUUGUGACCUCGACGAUGACCCCGAUGACUGCCAGAUCACCGGCGAGUACCAUCAGUACGACGAACUGAGCUCCAGCAGUUAGACUAGACUAGACUAGACUAGACUAGACUGGACCAAAACUAGACGCCAUUCCGGAGGACAGGACUCUCCACUCCACUCCACUGAAUUUAUCUCCUAGCUGUGACAAACCUAUCGAGCAUACUUUCAGUCUCUCACUCUUUCAAUUCCAUUUGUCUUAAUUAAUCGUACGGUUAAAGUGUAUAUAUCGAGAAUCUCUAUUUGUAGCCUAUUAUGCAUUUAAUUUAAACAAUUUCAAUUUGAACGAAAAAGGAAUAAGAAAAAGGAUAAGAAAAACAAACGACUGUGUUCCGUGUGUUUUGUGUUUUCUACCCCAAAUGCAUUCUAGCGAAAAUGUUAUAGCCUUUAUUUUUUGUUACCAAUUACGAGAAACCCUUUCGAACUGCUAGGUGUGUUAGCGCGAUUAACAUGCAUUUGAUAUCAAACGUUUUUAAAUUUCGUAUAUCAAUAACUUGGAAAUGUGCUCAAAAGAAUUUUCUU